UCCGGUGCUGGGCGGGCCUGCAGCCGCCUCGUGGGACGUGAGGGGAAGCCGCGCUCGCGCCGCCGGGCCUGCGCGCUCCACGCUCACCUCCUCCCGCCCCCAACCCCCCCACCCGCCCCACCCCGGCCGGCGCUCAAUGCGCCCGAGGCGGAAUUUAACAUAUUUUUGCGUAUUUUCCGCCGUAACUAGCGAGAGAGCGGCGUUGGAGGCGGUGGUGUGUCCUGCGGCGGCCGCUCGGCGGGCCCGGCCGGGGGUGAGGAGGCGGGGGGGGGGGUCCCUCCGCAGGGUCUGCUCGGGGCGGCCGUGUCCCGCAGGUUUAGACAUCUAACCCGAUUCACCCUCUCAUGCUGUGGUGGGAUUGGCUCAUCAGAAUGAUUCACUGAUUUUUACUCUGAAACAGAAGAUUUUCACACAGCAGUCUCAAGAGACUCAACAAAAGAUACCUUCAUUACUUCUGAGGCGCUCAGGGUCAGCUACCCCAUUGCAGGCUACAUUCCCCAUCAAAGGCAAAGAGACCCUGUUGACGCUUUCCUGCUCCAGUAGGAGAGGAUUGCUUUUAAACAACUCGCGCCUGCUGUGUCGUGUCUGGAGUCAGAGCUGAACGGAGCUGAUGGGAGGGCACGUGUGACAGGAGCCGCAGUUGCAGGUUGGAGAGUGCUGGCUGCUCCAGCUCUCGUGGCCUGGCCUGUGUGGGCAGAGCGUGCCCAAGCCCACCCCACGGAGCAGGUUGGCUCAGCCUGGCCGCCCUGCGCAGCAUGUCCCUCUGCGAGCACGUACUGUCCCUCUUCCGCGGAGCAGUGGGCACUGUCCGGCCGGCUCCGAUGCUGAGGAGAGCUGUGAAGCUCCAGGGAGAUGGGUGCCCUCAGCUGCUGGUGAAGGGCCGGACCUUUCCAGUGAAGAGGGACCUGUACCUGGUGGGUUUUGGCAAAGCUGUGCUGGGGAUGGCCGCGGCAGCAGAGGAGAUCCUGGGAGACCACCUCGUUCGGGGGAUCAUCAGUGUGCCGCUAGGCAUCCAGGAGAGCCUGCAGAGAGCAGGAAUGCAGGAGAUGCUUCUGAAGCCACACAGCAAAAUCCAGGUCAUUGAAGGUGCCAAGAACAACCUCCCAGACCAAGAGGCUCUGAAGGGAGCAGUUGCCAUCCAGGAGCUGGUUGAGGGCCUGACUGCUGACGACCUGCUCCUUGUGCUCAUCUCAGGGGGUGGAUCAGCCCUACUGCCUGCUCCCAUCCCUCCCAUCCUGCUUGAAGAGAAGGAGAAACUCACAAAGAUGCUGGCUGCCCGAGGAGCUGCCAUCCAGGAGCUGAACAUUGUCCGGAAGACUCUGUCCUUGCUGAAGGGUGGAGGGCUGGCCCGGCUCGCGUAUCCCGCACAGGUGGUGAGCCUCAUCCUUUCUGAUGUGAUUGGUGAUCCCUUGGACAUCAUAGCGAGUGGGCCCACCGCUGCCAGCUCCCACAGCGCCCAAGACUGCCUUCAGAUACUCACCAAAUACAACCUGCUGCACCACCUGCCCAAGUCAGUGGAAAUGGUCCUGUCCAGCUCUUCCACAGAGCCCGCUGCUCCGGAAGACUACUCCAACGUUUGCAACAUCAUCAUCGGGUCAAAUACGCUGGCUUUAGACGAGGCCAAACGCCAGGCCGAGGGCCUGGGCUACACAACUCUGAUUCUGAGCACAGCAAUCUGCGGGGAAGUCGGCCGCGUCGCGAUGCUGUACUGCCAGCUGAUCUGGCUGGUCUGCCUGAGCUUCGCUGGCCUCGGAGAAGGGCCCCCGGGUGAGGAAGCGAGGGGGAAUCUCCUGCAGCUGGCAGCAGAGCUAGAGAUCCCGGGUUUGAACAUUGCGGAGUUUCUACAGACCCUGCGAGGAUUAAGGCCUGAAAGACCGGUCUGCAUCCUGGCCGGUGGAGAAACCACCGUUCAGCUUCAGGGAACCGGCAAGGGAGGGAGGAACCAGGAGCUGGCCCUGCGCGUGGGGCUGGGCCUGCACAGGGCACAGGCUACGAAAGACAGCAGCCCCCCAGGGAGGUGUGACAUCGUCUUCCUCAGCGGGGGAACAGACGGGCAGGAUGGGCCGACGGAGGCGGCGGGGGCCUUCUGCAGCCCGGAGCUGGUGGCUGAGGCACUGCAGGAGGGCCUCGAUGUGGAGGCCUUUCUCAGCAACAACGACUCCUACACGUUCUUCAGCCGGUUCCAGGGUGGGCGUCACCUCCUGGUGACAGGCUUGACGGGCACCAAUGUCAUGGACAUCCAAGCCGUUUUAAUUAGAGCCGCAGAGAGAUCAUGAGAGCUCCCCUCUGCAGAUAUCCAGAUGCAUUUAAUUAGAACCAGGGAUAAAUGAAGGCAUCAACACUGCAGACAAAUGUAAACUACAUAAAUUAGGACUUGCUGUCAAGGAUGCUAAUAUCUUUGACAGAAAGAAUCCACGAAUUAGACACAUGAGUGAAUUUCCACAGCAAAAGCAAGCACUUAUAAUUGGGAUCAGAAGAAGGUAUGAGGUCACAUUACAGACACGGAGGCUGGAUUUAACACUUCUCCUGAGAGCUGCCACUCUUGCGACUGCCUCAACUAUAGUUAAAAGAUGUGGGGAAAUGGAGGAGCAGCCCAGCAGUGGGAUUUUACACGUUCACAGAAGUGCAUUACAGUGACUGAAGGAUGUAAAAGCAGUAGCAAGGCCUGCCAGGCUGCAGGCAGGGAGGUGCUGGGGGAACGUGCUGAGAAGGGGACACCCAGUGCCCGCUCCACGUGCCAGCGCAGUGCCCUGCAGCUCCUCCCACAGCAGAGGCUACACAGAGACCCCCAGCCCAGCAGGAUGCACGCCCAGCAGCGCGGCUGAGGAGCACGUUGGCCGAGAGAAGCAUUUGAUAGUGGACGCGUGACACAAAAGCCGUGCACAGUGCCACAGAGGGUGGUAUCCCUUCACUGUGCAGCGUAAGGAAGGGGACGAUUGAGGUGCAGUGGGAAGCCAGCUGAGUGGAGUCGUCCUCCUCCUCCAGCCUCCUGCCCUCCGCAGGGACAUCUUCCCUGCUGAUGCCUGUCAGGAGAGCCUCCUCCGUGCCAGCAGCGUGUACGCGAUGAGCUUUCACAGUGUUGUUUUCCAGCUGCCUAGAAAACAGUCGUGCAUCCAGCCCGAGCCACUGACCUUUCUUCUGCGCCGAGGCAGAAGUCGCUGUCACUCUGAUUAACUCUGCUAAUUCCACAGAACAAAAGGCAAGGAAACCUUCAUGCUCAGCUCUCCUGACCCAUGCUGCUGAGCUGAUCAAAGGGCAAAGCUGCCGGAGCCGUGCUUUGACAGGGAGCCGCUCCCCCGCAUGUAUAAGGACACGGCGGUUAUUGCGGUUUCGUCACCUACUGCAGUGCAAUAUGUAGGAGAGCAGAGAUGAGCUGGGUUUCCCAGGACGUGGAGCCCAUGGUGGGGCUGGAAUUCAGAAGGGCUCUGCCUGUAGCAACAGGCAUGGUGAUGCUUUUGGCUGGAUAUUCAAAGGACUUCAGCUCAGCAGCCAGUAUGACCCAACACGUCCGAGUCCUUUUGAGGAUCUGCCUGUUUGUUACACAGCCUAAGUGGGAGCUGAGCUCCUUUGAAAAUCCAGCCCUAAUUUAAUAGGACACACUUGACUCAGACUCUUUCCAGACAGACAGACCUACUCUGUGUGGCUGAUCUCAUCUCGUGACAUAAAUACACCUUCCUGCCAACAGUGAGUCGUGGUGUCUCACUGAACAGUCGUUCUGCGCCCUGCUCCAGGAUAGAUCAGAGGGUGGAUUUUUGAGGAGGAUGCGACACCUCCUGCUUUGCUUUUGAAGCCAAUAUCUAACAAGUAGGGAUAUCAGCAGGACCAUCACGGGGCCCGGUAUCGAUGCCAGACUGGCAGCUGGACUAUCUGGGCCACAGCCCAGGCCUAGUGUCAAGGCACAAGCCUGGGGAUUUCAAAAUCCCGGUUUUACCCCGGUGGUUUAAACUCAUCCACGCAUCUCAUUUGUCCUCUGAGGCUGAAGGUCUUCUGUAACAUGCCUGAACUUGCUCACGCUGGUAAACAGCUUUGAGAUCUGCUGGGGAAAACCUGCCAAGUGUUCUAAAGCUCGCUGUGCCCCCGUAAUGUCAGGUGGCGGUUGUGCAGGAGAAGGUGCUUUGUGCUGUGUGUUUUUCUCCGGAGGUCGCUGGCAGGUCGCCUCCUCCAUGCCCGGCAUGCCAGCACCACAGGGGCACUAACACGCGCGGCGAUACAGCCAAAAAGUACCGGCUGCGGCCAGGAUGACUGACUGAAGCUGGCUCCAAAAUGUUGUUAACACUUCCUGUCCAAUUCCGCUCCAGUGAAAUCCAGAGUGACACUGGUUUCGGGCGGGGGUGCCUAGCAGAAGGGUCACUGGCAUCUUCAGCAGCGGGUCUGGCGUGCCAGCCUGGGCACCCUGUCGCAGGCCGCCGUUCCCUCGCGCUCCGCCCGCAGCCCGGCCACCCUGGUCCCCGGAGCCGCUGCUGGCGCGGCGUCGCAGUCACGUUCAGAAGACCUUGGGCCAGUGCUCGCUGGCUUCUCCUGGGAAAUGCCUACCGCACGCACCCCGGGCAGCGUCCUUGCUUUCUAAACAGUGGCUUUUCAGUAAUGAUUAAAAAGAGUUUGUGUUGGGGAGGAGAGGAGGCUAAUAAAAGGUUUGUUGAAAGGAUGGAGCUGUUUGAAGCGAGCUUCACAUCUACGUGUGCUUGGCCUUCCUGUACUGUUUUUGUUCUUGUCCCUUCAUUUCUAAUGAGGUAACAGGACAGGGGAAGGUUGACCAAGGACACCCAGGUUACAGAAACACUUUUCCUCUUCUGAUGCUUCUACGUGGAUAGAUCGAAGCUCCAUUUCUGAGGGAUCACUUGGGUGGACCUUGUGCAUCUUCUGCCUAGGGAGGAAAGGAGCUUUGGAGUGUGUGCACCCCUAACAAACAAGGCAUCAUUUUAUUCCUCUGGACAAUGCUCAGCAUGGAAUUGCCUGUUACUGCUCCAGCCCAAAGCCAAUUCCCUCUGACCUGCAGUCCCUUCGCUGACAGCAAAAGACCCCACGCAUGAGCCAGCAUGCAUUUGGGCCACACAGGUGGGGUUUUGCAAGGAUUUGUAAGGGGUAACAGUUGCAUCUACAGACACAACAGCAUCCCUUACCUGCCAAGUAACGAUUUGCUUCUGGGUUGUCGGAGCCUGCCAGGAGCAAUGACUUUCCCCUCAGGAACUUGAGUGAGUCACCACAGCUGAGCAGGGCUUUGCAGCUUACCCGCACUGUCCUGGAUGGGUAAUUGGCAUCACAUGAGUGUACCCGGGCAAAGGAAGAAACCCAGAGUGUGACUGUGGUCACACCAAGUGAUCCCAGUCUGCAGGCCAUGCUGGGACCAGCUCCGUGCCAUCCUGGCUCCGGGGUGCUUGUGCCUAAGGAGACAAGGCGCAGAAAGAGCAAGGACAGUAAGAGCUGCUUGGUUUUAAUGCUCCCAGUCCCUUCUCUUUUUAUUGGAAAAGCAAAACUCUCUGCACCAGCCAGCCUCCAGGAAAGAGGGAGAUGGGUGGAGAUGGCCAACAGCUCCCUGUCCACGUCCCCGUACACGGGCAGGGGACACGGGCAGCCGUCGGGGAAAAGCACGCCCAGCCACUGGGCAGGGAGGGGACGAGCAAAGCCCGGGUGCAUUCAGGGUUGGUUUGCUCUCCUAAGCUUGCUGCUCGUAGCCAAACAGUGCUAAUGGCCAGGAGAAGUAACUGCGUUAUUAACAGCACGAGCUUUUGGCAGUAAAUUAAAAAUCUUGGCUGCC